AUGAGUUUUCGCAGGGUCUCUGAUUCGCUGGUGGUACAGCUGAAGGCAGUGGCCGAGGCACCUGGAGCUGCAGGCCUCGUAGAGACCGAACUGAUCAGCAUAGACGAAAUAUUGGAAUCCGAAGUUGGCUCUUUUGGUCUUUGGCAACGUUAUCUCGUUCUACUUGGGAUUUUGAGUACAACUGCUGCAUCCAGCUUUCCCGUUUUCUCCGACACAGAACCAUUGAAGCGUUGUGCUUUGGACAGUGAAACGGAGACAUUCUUGAAGGAGAAACAGUUCUCUUUUUUCGAUAUAGGUCAAAUAACCGGAGGAUGGACGGAGGAUUUAGGGCCGCACUCCGUGGACAGCGGGUGCCAUCUAUACGUAGAUUGGAGAAAUCACCUGAACUCGACCUUUCAUGGUCAGUCAACGGACAAUCUCUCUACCAAGACCAUGCCAUGCCAGGCCGAAGGGUACGUUUAUCGCUAUAUGGACUUCCAGUAUCAAGGUGGAAUUGUAGAAGAAUUUAACCUAGUUUGCGAUCAGGUCUGGCUUCUUCCAGUGGGCACUUCAGUUUUUAUGGUUGGAAUGAUAUUUGGAUAUUUGUUUGGUGGGUUUUGGUCCGCCAGAUUUGGAAUGAAACAUUCGUUAAUAUUUUUCUCGUUUGUCGAACUAAUUGCAUCAUGUUUGUGUUCAGCGUCGGUUGCUUUUUGGAUGUUUACUUUACUCCGACUAUUUGUUGGCAUUGGAGCGUAUGGAAAAUUAAGCUCCUUCAACCUGAUUAUAUUGGAUAUCACUACUCCUCGUUAUAGAAGCAUCACAAAUGCCUUGUACUUGCUUGGAUUUAAUUUUACGUCCCGGGCUCUGCUGGCAGCAUUCGCUUGGGGCAUCUGGAACUGGCGCUGGCUCAACUUGGCAGCAACAAUUCAUUGUGUUUUGGUGUUUAGUUACUUUUUCAUUGUUCCCGAAUCCCCUCGAUGGUUACUGGCACGUAACCAGACAAUUAAAGCGAUCUAUGUGCUGCAAACCGGCAGGCGAAUUAAUGCGUUUUUUGAUCGCAAACAUAAAGGCGACUCAUCCAAGCUGGAACGACUUAUAGAACAAGAGACAAGGCGACCUUCAGUGAUGUGCAUCAGUGUCGAACAGUUGAACGAGGAAAUCCACAGGGUUAUUGGUCCGAAGCAGAAGUCAACAGACCAAUUAAUAUCUAAACUGUUCUCCACACCUUACAUGUUGAAAACCACGGUUGUCUCCACUUUGCUCUUCUUCCUCUUUGCUUUCACCUCCCUUGGUUGCCUUUUGUAUACGCGCAUGAUUCGUGAAACUGUGUCUGUAGUAUCACUGAUAGUCGCUGCUGUGGCAAUACCGGGUGUCAUCAUUGCUGUCGUGGCCUACGGGUGCAUACAUCAUCGCCGACUCCCACUGCUGCUGACCUACAUGUCAGCAGCAAUCGUGUUGUGCGCAGGGGGUGUCUACACAUACAUCGUGCAGCCGGAAGAAGAUAUUGCUCUCUCGGCUAGUAUCAUCAUCACUAUUAUGCUCUUUACUACAUUACAAUGCAUGAUGUUCAUCUACAUUCCUGAGUUGUACCCUCCAGAUGUUCGGGCUCAGGGAUUUGGGACUGCGGCUGGGCUUGGACGACUUGGAGCCGCUGUAGCAACCUUUGCAAACCAGCUGGACCAGUCUCAGAAACACGGUCUACCGGUGAUCAUAUACGCUGUUGCUGCACUUGUGUCGGGACUGAUUACUUUAUUGCUAUCUGAUACGACCGGGGAAGAGGACGGAGCUGGCUCAAAUUUGAGAGGUGUGACAUCAUCCGUGUCAAAAUCAAACAAGGCGAAUGAACCUGAGGACGAUAGUUCGAAGGUCACAUCACGAUUGUAAAGACAAAUUAUUUAGCGAACCACAUCAAUCAACCGUUUUUAGCGCACAAUGAAUUAUAUAUUUUGUUGACAUUAGCGAUUUACUUG